AUGGGAUUAAAAAGCGAGGAUGCGUGGUUUGGAUGGGAAGUUCAAGUCAUUCCUGAGGAUUAUUUCUUUACAUAUGAUUGGUCAUCUCAUCCUGCCGAUUGGUAG